CAUUAUGGGAAGGGGUGGCAAGUCUCGCAAGAAAUCUCGUCAAAGUCAGGGAACUGCUGAACUUACUGAUGGCCUUAAAAAGUUAUCCAUCGAAACGACAUCUCAACACUGGAAUGAACUCUCAACGUUAAAAGUUGAUACUUCAGAUCAAAGACGGAGCAGUGUUCAAUUAAGCGUCAGUGAAGAUGAUCGACGCCAAAGUUUGUUUGCUGAUAUCGAAUCUCAGUUGACCAAAGUUCCAAGUCUGAUAUCAGCUGGAAGUCAAGACGGUUCUGAUGGCAGGAAAGUACGACCAGAUGAAGUGUUCACUGAUAAGGCUAGAGCUGCUAUGGUGGUCAUCGGUACCAAAGAUAUCAAGGAAGCUUUGGAUAAAAAGAAAGCCGAGGAGAUUUUUCGCAAGACUCCUGAAGCCAAGAAUGCUGCAGUGCUGUAUCAACAAGCUCGUUUUCUGAUGCAUCAGAGUAGAUUUAAAGAAGCACUCAUAUUCUUGAAUAAGGCAAUUCAAGUUGAUCCCAAGCGUAAGGAAUGGUUAACAGACAGAAGUCAGUGUUAUUUUAGGUUGUUACAGCCAGAAACAGCGUUGAAGUUUGUAAAUGAAGUUCUUCAGAUAGAUCCAAAAUAUUUCCAGGCACUGUUAUUGAAAGGCGAAAUUCUGUAUUCUUUGUGGGAUUUAGAACGAUCGAUGUUGUGUUUCGUAGCAGGCAAACGCUUGAGGCCCGACAAUGAAGACUGCAUUCGUGGCAUUCAUAAAGUACGAAUGGCUCUCGAGGAAAUUUCAGCUUUUAGAAAAUCAUCAAUGAACAGAAAUGCCAAAGGAAAGAUCAAAAGAAGCAAAUCGGCAAAAGAACGAAUUUCGUUGGAUUUGGCAUUCUUAUCUCCUGCUGGUUCAUCAGAUGUGGGAGGUUCGGGAAGCUUAUAUCCAACACCAAAAUGCUCGACGCCUACAGACAGACCUUCUUCAAAAUUGUCACAACAGACAGAAGUUGAUAGAAGCACAAUAAAAAGACCGGUUACAGCGCAUGCUCGAAGAAGGAUUUCUUUAUCAAGUUAUAAAGUGAAUUCAAAUCUGGAAUCACCAAAACGAAACGACAAGCUUCUCUCCGCAAGACCCAAAACAGCUGUCAAAAGAUAUACUGCUAAACCUUCUGAUGAUACGGAUUCUGACUCAUUCGAGGAUAGUAUCUUUUCAACACAUCGGAAAAAUUCAGAUCUUUCAUUAAAAUCGAAACCCAGUUUCAGAUUUUCAGAUUCUGACAAUGAUGAAUUUUACAACCUUAGUGAAAGAAGUCAUAAUGAUUCAAAAGAGAUAUUUAAAAGUGAAAAGCAGAGAAAAAUACGGCGCCAAAAGAAUGCUCAGAAAGUGAAGUGCCAACCACAGAAUUUAAGACCAAAAAGCUCUGUUGCACCAAGAAUUGCACCAUCCCUAGGAAAGGAUAGAGCCUUUUUAGAAAACAUUUUGAAAGAUAAAGGUUUAAAGAAGGCAAACACCAUGUAUACUAAGCGAGCUCUGAGAAUUGCUCGAGAUUUGCACAAGUUUGUAUCUGAAAGGGAAAUUUAUUGGAGAAACAGAGAACAUUUUAUACGAUAUUCAAAAUCAGAAGACGACAGUUUUAUUUUUUGAAAUACUACUUGUUAUAUAAAUGCGCAAUACCGUGCAAAUGCUAUAAGAUAUGCAUAUAUAUGUAUAUCCUAGAUGGAAAUUUGUGAAAUGAAAUUAUUAAUAGCCUGUGUUGUAUCCAAACAAAUGAAAAAUCAAAGGUCAAUUAAAAAAAAUACAAAACUUUUUAUUUACUAUGGAAGGUCUUAGUACAACAAUAUGGUAAAUCCAAGCUUCUUUUCUGAUUGCGGAGACAAUAUAUUUCUUUAGCCGGUUCCUGGUGUUAAAUAGUGUUAGAAAGACCUAGUUCCUAGAUGCAAAUUUAUCGAGUGAAUUUUUUUAAUUUUCCAUUGUAUCCCGUUGAGAAU